AGGCUGUGUGUGUCUGAUGCUGCUGCUCCUGAGACACGGAGCGAGAGGACGCGUCCAUCGGCCUCCUCUGUGACAAACGUCACGUUCUUUACCAGAUAACACGACACUGGUGACCUUUUGGGAAAAGUGGGAAAGAAAAGAAUAAUGCUGCUGAUGAGUCUGCUGUUGUGAUAUUUCCUCAGGAUUCAUCCCCCUGGGGGUCACUGCGGCGGUGACGAGGUGUUGACAAGACGCAGUCAACGUGGUCGUCUGUGCAGUCAGGGCUACGUCUCAACGAUCCAUUUUUGUCUACACAAACACGCCGCUGAAUUAUUAAAAAGAAAGCGCUCCGCAAUGUUUCCUUUUUUUCUUCCGUUCCCAGGAGCAGUUGAGCUCUGCAGCCUUACAUGGUGAAACGCCAGCAGACUGCUCGAGACCCGAGAGACACAGAGAGACACAGAGAGAGGAGAACCCAAAACGCAUCCUCGUGAAACCUGUCUCCGAUGUUCACAGAAUGUGGACGAUCCUUCCUGAUCACCGUGGGGAUGUUUUCCCGUUGAGGCUCUCGGAGGCCACAUUCCAACGUGUUGACAGGAUGCCGAUGAAGAUGGCCGCUGUCUUCACCGUCUCUCUGCUCCUGCUCUGCUGCUCGGCCAUCUCCUCCACAGAUUCUUCCCAACAGUGCGACUAUUACGUUGCGACAGGCAGGAGGGCCACUUUGCCGAUGACCUUCGCGCUGGACCAGUCGGACAAGCUGACAUGGAUGCACGGCAUCAAAAUAAUCUUACGUCAAACCAAAGACAAAUUCACUUCAGAGGGAAAGGAUAUUGUUACUGCAAACGGAUCCCUGACGUGGGCCAACGUGGCGCAGAGCAACGCGGGGGCUUACAAGGCCGAGGUUCACGACCGCAACGGAAAGAGUAGAUGGACGUCAAAAUCCACACGUUUAUGUGUGAUCGACCCCGUCCCCAAGCCCACGGUGACACAUGAAUGUAAACAAACCGAGGUCAAUUUCACCUGCCAUGUUCAACCAAAGCAGGCCGAGGGUUUCAACUUCGCGUGGCUUCAGGACAACCAGGUGCUGGACACGGAGAAAGGUCAGACUCUGACCCGACCGGGCGAUCAGGUGACGGGUCUGAUCAAAUGCAAACUCUCCAACCGCGUCAGCUCGGAGACCAGUGAAGAGGUUCAUCAAACCUGUUACACGUCCAUUUUCCAAGGAAAACUAUUUGGGAUUGAAAUCUGGAUUGUCGUGGCCACCGGAGGAGCGGCCCCUCCAGAAGAAUCACCACCUCCUCCCUGGUCCUCCGGGGCCUCCCUUCCCUCUGGAGGGCCUUUCAUGGGAGGAGGAGGAGGAGGAGGAGGGGGCACAGAUAACGAGCAUCUGUCCGUCUUAUCAGGUGUCGUCCUGCUGCUGAUUAUCUGCGUUAUUGUUGGCUGCGUCUGCAGCAAGCGGAAGAAACGCUUGCACCUGGAGGAAGAGGAGGAGCUCCGUUUGGCGUGGACCAAUGAAAAGCAACAACACCCUCAACACCAUCACCGUCCGGAUCAACAGCCCCACUGCCACCACCGUGAGCCCCAGCAGCAGCCCGCCGGCCACACCGGCCCUCGCCAGCAUCGCUCCAGACAGCAGCGCCCCGGAGCGCCAGAGCAGCCGCGGCCCAGCCCCCGCAGGCCCGCCCAGGCCCCCAGGCCGCCCGGUCAGAACGAAGAAGAGCAGCCGCCUCCUCUUCCUCAGCCCAGGACGAAAGGUCCCGGAGCGCGCAAAGUGUGACGGCGCGUGAGUGAUGGAGACGCCUUUUCUGGCUUCACCCGCUUUUCUCUUUUUUUUUUUCUUCAUUGUACCGUUUUUCCUUUGUUGCUCUUUCGGUGGUGCGACGAAUUCGUUCACACUCUUGACUUGAACGGGACUGCGCAGUCUGUACUUCCUCUGCUGAGAAGGAAAAAAGAAGCUUUAUUUAUUCAGCAUGUCAUGUCAUAUCACAAUGUGUUUUCCCUCCGUGCUUUUACUUUCUUGCUGCAUAGAAUAAUGUCAUUUGAAGAGGUUUUAUUGUUAUUGUUAUUCACUGCGGCCUUUUAAGUUGAUUUUUACACAAACUAUUUCAUGUAAAUUUGCAUGCAUUCCUUUGUUUUGUUGUUGUACUUGUGUGUGAAUUUGAGAAUUAAAGAGAAAAUGUUUUACCAGAAA